AUGUCCAUGCGUGCUGCAGUACUCUCUUGGCAGAGCACGCUGAUGAUGUCGCUCCUGGUGUUUGUGAUUCGAGCUGUUGCAGUCAGGGGCGAGUGUCUGGACGUGGAGGACUUCUCUUCGCCGGUCGUGCUACUUUUGCAAACAGAUCACGGACUUGUAAGAGCUACCGGACUUCACGCAGACGUCGAAGCGGAACAAUUCCCACAAGAUGCCGGGGCAUUGCUUCCUGUGCUGUAUCAACUCUGGUUACCUCUCCUUGUUGGAAUUAUUAUUUUUGGUUGGAAAGCCUCGACCUCGAGCUCUGCGGAUAGCAGCGGGCCUCCCAAGGCAACGCGAGUUCCAGCGCUGGCGGGCCUAAGGUUUGUCACGGCAAUAUGCAUCUUCGUCGAGCAUGCAACACUGGAGCCGAUUACAUUUGUCGGGACCUUCCUGGUCCUUGCAGGCUGCACCACGAGCAUGUCGCGGGCCGCUAGGGGAACCGAAGCAACAGAAGCCAUGGAGAACUUCUUAGUGUUUUCACCAACCGCGGCUUUUCGUUUUGUGUUCAUGCGAGCAGCCCGGCUCUAUCCGCUUUACUUUGUGGUGCUGAGUCUCGCAGAUGUUUGGCAUGAGACACUGCCACAGCCUGUGACAGCUGUCUCUUUGCUUUUACAGCCUUUCCAAGUUGUCUGGCGUUGCAUCAACACAUUUGCCGCUUUGGUCGCACAUGAUCCUCGAGAAGUGUUCUUGCUCAAUGGGAUACCUGGAACAGUGUCAACGUAUUGGUUUAUGCACGCAAUCAUCUUCAUCUCCUUGCUGUAUCCGCUCCUUGAGUACUGCUUGUUAAGACCGGCAACGUCUGGUAUGCGGCUUCUGCUCUUGGGUGCUUGCUGCUGUCUGGCCAAGCUGCUGAUUGUGGGCUCCGCGACGUGCAUCCUCGCCAAAGGCGGCUUCGAGGUGGGGGACUUCUGGUAUCGGCACGACUUGAUCUUCUUCGGUCGCGUGCCAUGGUACAGCUUUGCGCCAUUCCGCAUACCGGACUUUGCCUUGGGGAUGCUCGUCCCUCACUUUGCAAAGUAUGUUUCGCCAGGCAGCGUGGCCGUGAAAGUGGCUGACGUGCUCAUAAUGCUGUAUGUUGUCCUUGCGCUCGUGCCAAAGAAUAGUUACGUGUAUCUAUGGACAGAUCUACACGUGCAUUGCCCCUUGACUGCUUUCGUGGUUUGGAGUUUGUGCUUUGGGCGCUGUGAAAGCAUGUUCGGACAGUUGUUCGCAAGCAAGUGGCUGGUGGAGUUUGGCGCAGUGGCGUAUGGGUUCUAUAUCUUUCAAGAGCCGGUCAUGAGGAUGAUGGGUGUGUAUUACCCAACUGAUGCAGGCGACUUCGUUGCCUCUUGUCGGGUCAACAACACGUGCUUCGCUUGGUAUCAGUACACAUUGCGGGAUGCUGCGAGCUUGUGCUUGACUUUUGCAUUGUUGCUCUUGCUAGCCAUUGCUGGCUUUCACUUGGUUGAAGACCCGGCAUUGAAAGCCGCCUCCUCCUGUUGCAAGCAGUGA